UCUUUGUCGAGAAAUAUGGGGGCAGUCAAGUCUUUGUUGAGACUGACCGGUAGCAAGGAAGCAACCACAGCUGCUAGACAAUCCAGGAAAUGGACAAGACCCGAACCAGUUGUUCCUCCUUCCAGUUCUGUAUCUCCUGAUUCAUCCAACGAGCAAGUACUCAAGAACUUAAAAUCAGUUUAUGUUGACUCCACAACCACCCACCAGAAAAUUGACAAUCCUUAUAAACCCUCCAUGGCUCAAUCAAGAGCCACUACUAGUGAUGGAGAGAGAACUGACUCCACCAAUAAAGGACUGCUAUCAGUUAAUGAAAUCAUUGCUGUACUUGAAGCUCACAGAACCAAAUCAAAGACAAUAGAGGAGCUAUCGCAAGAGACCGGAGUCAAUUCCCAGCACCUCACAGCACUGGUUCAAAAUUUUGGGAACUUAUACAUAAAAGGAGAUCCAGAGGAAAUAAAAAAACUAAAUCGUCCGAAUCUGGAAUUUCAUCCUCUUCAUAAGUAGCAUCUGAACACAUAAAUAUUGUUCAUUCUUGACAUUUUGUUGAUAAUAUGAUAGUAGUGUUAGUGAUGAUCAUCAUUCACAAUCAAA